UUUUGGUGGUGUGAGAAGUUGUUAAGAAGUGUAGUGUGAAGAGCGGGACCCUCAGCCUCCUCACUCGUGCUUCACUACUACACACUGCCACACUAACGUUGCUUCAAGAUGCAUAACGAAGAGAAACCUAUGAUCAAAAAGCUCUCGAAAGGAGUCUUAGACUUGAAGUUUAUGAAAAAAAGCAAGGAAAAGGCACAACUUCUUGAAGAAAAUGAAGAACGUCAGAGUCUUUACCAAGAUCAGCUAUCAUCACUACUAGAAGGCGCAGACCGGAUUGUAAUGGUUAAUUCUUAUUAUGACUGCAUGGACUUCCUGCCUUGUCGAUUAUCCUUUGGAGGAAUGGAUCCAGAUAUAGAAAAAUUAAAUGAAGAAAAAUUGACAGGAUUAUAUAAAGUGACAAAGCCGCCACCACCAGAAACGGUAACCAAGAUGGAGGCUGAUGUGACUGCUGAGGAAAUGGCAAAGAAAUAUAAGCCAACCAGUAAGUACGCCAAGAGGAAGAGUGACCACCUAGAUGACAUUAAUGCCAAGAGAGAAGCCACCGAUGAAGAGCACGUCGAGAAUAUGAAAAAUAAGCGUGGCCGCGGCAAAUCUUCAGGUUUUAGCAAUCACACCAGACCCAUUUUUCAAGAUAAUGGAGGUAGAGGGAACUUCAGGGGAGGUAACCGUAGAGGAAAUAGUUUUCGAGGCAGUUCUCGGGGCAAUUUUAGGGGCAGAGGUCGAGGAAGAGGAAAGUUCAUGGAUAAUUCCAAAGGACAAGACCAUUUCCGUGGUAAUAACAAUAAUAGAGGAAACAAGAGAGAACCAGACAACUUUUAUGGCACUAAAAGUGAAAACCAGGGAACUGAAGGUAAUAACAUGCAAAACAAAAAAAUGAAGUUCAUGAAACCACAAUAGUAACCGGUACCUUACCUUACCUUACAGAAUGGUUUUAUAAUUUUAGAGGGUGGGGAAGCAGUCAUUAUCAAUGUAGGAAAUGGAGUAAUAGUGAUGUAAAUUUACAUCACUAUUUCAUAACUCAAGUUUCUACACUAUAUUUUGUGACGGUUUCAGAUAUUAAAACUCUGCAACCUGGUUUCUGCCAAACCUCCAUCUAAAGGGCAUUUCUUAUUUAUUUUAUAAAAUAUAAAUUUUUUGGGGGGGAAUUAAUGGAUGUAAUCAUUCAUCCUGUGAUGCUAGAUAUAUCUGUGUAGUUAAAGGAAAAAUACUUUUCUACUACUAUGACAGAGUUACUGUAUCUUCAACAGUUUAAAAUUCUGCAGACAUGCUGUAAAUUGUUUAUUCAAGUACAGAAUUAAAAACAAAAGUUUCAUUUUUAUCAUUAAAUGUGCCAUCUACACAAAUUAUACAUGUGAAAAUAUAAAAUGUGAACUUAUUAACUUAGAAAAUAAAACUGAUGUACAUCCAUCAGUUCCUUAAUACUUUGUCCAUCUUAGUGAUUUCUGACCCCUCCAUCCCCCUCCGAUGACAGACUCUGCAUUCCUAAUUAAUGUAACUAUCCUGUUAUGAUCUCUUUAUGCAAUCAUGAGAUUUAUUCCCUACUCACUCACACACACUCUCACUACCUCUCCAGUUACCCCAACAUCUCACUUCUGUGCCUUGUAUAUGCCACACAUUUAUUAUUUUCCCUUUGCACCUAUUUAUCACAUCAAUUUUUUUAAAAUCUUAUUUGAGCAAUGUCUACUUCUGAUUUGCAAAUGGAGUAUUGCUAUUUAUAAUGAAAAAUAAAUUUUUCUCUAACUCCCAAUGAAUGCAAAUACUGUACUGGAGUUGACCAUCAUGCAAUAUAACGUGAGUGACACAGUGAACGGAAGAGUGUUAUUUCCUAACAGAGGGAGUAAUAUAGUAAAAAGUCACCAGUUUUAUUUUUCUUCUAAUAAUGUAGUAGUGCUAUAACACCAUACUCUAGCAUUUUAUUUUUUCACCAUUUGUACAAGUCUUUUCAUACAGCUCUCACAUUCGUCUACAAUAUCUGACGGCUCCAUUCAUACAUUGGAAACUGACUGUGCCAGUCAUACAUUAGUAAGUGUUGAAUGGCUCUAUUAGCACUUGAUCUUUAGUCUAAAUCCCGUCACUAGCAAUUGUAGCCAUGUUAAAAGAUCAGUACCUUGCCCUACUCUGUUUUAAAACAAUUAUUGAACCCUCCAUCUACUUUCACAUGUACUAUAAUUAACAUCUGUUUUAGAACUUCAGUGCAGCUAGCAAUCACUUUCUCCAAAAAUAUUAAUACUGUAACUUCUCGCUCCACAUAACCUCUAGGGUGAAAUACCACAGCUAGCUUGUUAUUGCAGUAUGUCCAUUGCUACCUUUAAAUAAGUUUUUCUGGAUAUCUAUAAAUUAUUUUGCCUACAUGCUGUCCUUUCUUCCAUAUAAUGUUUUUGUUAAGUAUAAGCUCAUAGCCUUUUCCUAAAAAUCUCCCUAUAUAAUUUCAGAUUGUACUUCCCUAUAUUCACCUAUUAUUGUGUAAACAAAAUAUAUAAAGAAACCACAUUUUUUGCCUUGUUCCACCACUACUGUUGCUACAUCACCACCACCUGUUUUCGUACCACAGAUAACCUCUGCCAAUAUCAUUAUUCUUUCCUUGAAAAACUACAUUCUCUUAGCCCCAUCAAUGACCCUGCUUACAGACAAAACUAAUUUUGGCAUCUCUGCAAUACUUGUGUAUCACCUUCACUUUGCACAGCAUCUCACACCUUUACCCUUUUUGCUGUUUGACCAGCAUAAUGUUGUCUGUUAUUAUCUGGUUCUCUCUUAUUUGACAUGAAAGGCUGGGCAGGCUUCCAUGCUUGGACAUUGUAUGACAUUAUCUUGUAAAUAUAUUUUCUCUAUUACAAAAAUAAAACUUGCCGGAUUUUUGUGAAACUAAACAUGCUUAGUUAAAGGAAAUGUGAUAUAAAAAAAUACAUUAGAACAUAGCAAGAAAAGUUACCUUGCACAUAAUAAUAAGCCUGUAUAAUCUUUUGUAUAAAUUUAUGCAAGGCACACUAUCAUUUACAUUCAUAAUUUUCAUUCCUAUUAAAACAUUAAUCAAUGAUUAAUUGAUUACACUAAAUUGGGACACUAAAAAGCCCCAAAAUCAUCUCAAGAUAAGAUGAUGAUUGCAUAUUACCAGCCAAAUAUGACAAAUAUUCUAGUUCAAUCAAUAUUUUGGCUAAUAUUUUUAGGAUAAAAGCCAACUGCUAUUAAAACCUGUUCACUUUUAUUAUGAAGAUAUUCAGGUUCUGAACCCAGCACUGGAAUGUGAGGUCAGUUAGUGCUGGUAAACCUGGUUAGAAAGUUGUAUAUUAGAUUCAACACAAGUACUGUACCUGACAUUGAUCAAUGAAAAAAAGCCUCAAAAUUGGUACAGUACUAUGAACGUAACAGUUUGGAAGACAUGCCUAUUUCUUGCUAAGGCAUACUAAACUAUGGUAUUCUAAACAUAAAUUGCUGCAUGAUGGUAUAAAAAAAAAAAGUACAGUGGAACCUCGCGUGACGAGCGGCUCCAGUUAUGGCAUUUCGAGUAACGAGCAAGCCACUCGCAGAAAAUAUGUCUCGACUGACGAGCUUUCGUUCCAUUAACGAGCAUUUCCACUGGUUCUCGGACACCUCCGACGGCAGUUUUGUUCCUGUUUCGCAAGACGAGUUUUCCACUUGAGCUUGGUGCCGGAACGGUUUAAACUCGUUAAUCGAGGCACCACUGUACUGUACUAUUGUGAUUUUAUUAUCAAAUGAAAUGCCUGGUUGCUCAGACCACCAACUGAUAGGCCUGGUCAGAGACUUAGCCAUGGAAACAUUGGUCCACACACCCACCACAAGGUAUGUAAUACAGGUCAAAUAAAUUUUAACUUCCAUUUAAAGUACUGUACAGUUAGUUAUAACCUCAGUGUUACAAAAGAAUAAACCUCCCUUAUAGAGCAGUAAAAUGCAGGUGAUACUGACAAUUAAUUAGUACGUCACCAAGAUUCCUAGUACAGUACUGGACUCCAGGACUCAACCACUUGUGAUGGACGGUAGUGUGGUGGUCUCACUCCAUGCAGGUCUGCAUUCAAUCCCCAACCAUCAAGUGGUUGGGCACCAUUCCUUCUCUGUGUCCCAUCCCAAAUCCUUUUCCCGAUUCCUUCCAAGUUCUAUAUAGUCAUAAUUGCUUGGCACUCUUAAUAGUUCCCUUCCCUUCCCUUCCAGGUAUUAGUGAAAAUUUUCUCGCAUUUCAUUUAACCGAUGAUUCAUACAUCAUAUAAGGAAUAUUUUAUGUACUGUAUACAUAAGACAUUUUUUGUCUGUAUUAUUGACCAAAGUAGCCAAUAUAUUUCUGAACUAUUUUUGUCUUAAUAAAUUUUAUUGACAGUUU